AUGGCCAACCAACCUCCAAGGCUCCGAAGUGGUAUCAUGUACAGAUUCCACCCUUACCAAGUCCCGACGACGAAUUACGGAAGAGCUGAGUACAGUUCGGAAGACGUCGAACAGUGGGCGGCCGCAUUACAUUUUCACCACUCCAGUUUUCGACAAGAAGCGAAACACCUGGCCGUUGAUCUUAGCCAAGCCUGCACCGAUGUUUUGCAGCGCGGCGUGUCCGACAACAUGAGCCGAGCUCGCGCCCAAGCAUUGCAAGUCAAAGCCAACGAAUUCUUGCGACGACUGAAUCGCAACGAAGGGUGGAUGGCGCAAGAGAAGCAGCAAGCUAUCAACACUGGCAUGCCACCCGCCUACAUGACAAUGAGCGUGAAGCACAAAGCAAAGAUAGAAAUCAACUAUCUUCAUCGAGUGAUUCAAGCGGACCAGGCUUACCUUGCUUCGGGAGGCCCCGGAGUCAUCGGUGUCAAUACAGGUCUUCAAGGUCCCCGAGGUCCCCGAGGUCCGCAAGGUCUCCAAGGCCCCAAAGGACGCAGAGGCCGCAGAGGACGCCCAGGCAGAGACCUCACAGGUCCCAGAGGUCCUGGGGGCGGGAACGAUGAAAACCCUGGAGACGAUGGAGGCAACGGAGGCAACGAAGGCAAUGGUGGAGGUGGCGGUCACGAUGAAGGCAACGACGACGCCAACGACGACGUCAAUAACGGGGGCAACGACGACGAUGACAACGACGACGAUGGCGACGACGACGAUGGCGACGACGAGGACGACGAUGGAGGCAAUGAUGGGGGCAAUGAUGAGGGCUCCGGAGACGAUAAAGACGAUAGAGACGAUGGAGGCGAUGGAGGCAACGGUGUCAGUGGUGGGGGCAACACCACAAGCAAAGCCAACGGCAAGGCCACACCCAAAGCCAAAGGAAGCACCACAGCCACAAGACUCACCAGAAGCGCCACCAGAAACGACACCAGAAACAACCCCCAGGGGCCCAACAAACGGCGGAGGCUUGUUGGACACUUCAGCAGCGAGAGCGACGUCGAUUUUCUUCCUAGGCUGCCAAAAGGCACCCAAAAACAGUCGUCGUCAAGUGUCUUGAGAGGCAGCUCCGUGCCGGCGAUGGAUACGCAGGAUUUGGACCUGAUGAUUCAGAAUGCGAUGUUGUCUGACCAACCGGAUUUCAACAUGUUCGAUGGCGGUCAAUCCGUACCCACCACCAUGGUGGGAAAACUAUGA